CUCCUCAACUCUCGUCAUCGUUCAUCAUGGCCUCGACACUCCUUCGCCGCCAGCUGCCACGCAUUUCACAUCUGGCCCCACGACGCUGUAUUUCAACAUCUUCCUCUCUGUACCAGCAAACUGAGUCCAGGGGAGCAUACACACCAGAGGGCAAACAUGUUUUCGACACGCACACUGUAGAGGAUCUACAUGGGAUGGCUGCGAAGGAUAUUCUUGCAGAGACUGGUUCGAGAAAAGAGAGCCAAAUGAGGCAUUUCACAGUCAAUUUCGGUCCCCAGCACCCCGCUGCACACGGUGUGCUCCGGCUAAUUCUUGAACUCAAUGGAGAGGAGAUUCUCCGUGCCGACCCCCAUAUUGGACUCCUGCACAGAGGAACUGAGAAGUUGAUUGAAUACAAGACAUACAUGCAGGCUUUGCCGUACUUUGACCGUCUGGAUUACGUGUCCAUGAUGACGAACGAGCUGUGCUACUCGCUGGCUGUCGAAAAGUUGCUCAACAUCGAGGUACCUGAGCGUGCCAAAUGGGUUCGCACUCUAUUUGGCGAGAUCACUCGUAUCCUCAAUCACUUGAUGGCCGUGCUCACACAUGCUAUGGACGUCGGUGCCUUGACGCCAUUCCUGUGGGGUUUCGAAGAGCGCGAAAAACUCAUGGAGUUCUAUGAGCGCGUCUCCGGUGCGCGUCUGCACGCUGCGUACGUGCGCCCAGGCGGUGUCGCCUUCGACCUCCCUCACGGCCUCCUCAACGAUAUAUUUCAAUGGGCGACACAGUUUAGCAGUCGCGUCGACGAGAUCGAGGAGGUUAUUACCGGUAACCGUAUUUGGAAACAGAGGACGAUCGGGGUAGGGAAAGUCACUGCUCAGGAGGCCCUUGAUUAUAGUUUCUCGGGAGUCAUGCUCCGAGGGAGUGGAGUCAAGUGGGACCUAAGGAAAGUCGCGCCGUACGAUAAGUAUGACGAGGUUGAGUUCGAUAUUCCUGUGGGGAAAAAUGGUGAUUGCUAUGACCGUUACCUUUGCCGUGUUCAGGAAAUGCGUGAGUCGUUACGGAUCAUUGACCAGUGCUUGAACAAAAUCACUACCGGCCCUGUCAAGGUUGAUGACCAUAAAUUGGUCCCACCUCCUCGUGCAUCGAUGAAGGAGAGCAUGGAGUCUCUCAUCCACCAUUUCAAGAUCUUCAGUGAAGGAUACUCUGUCCCACCGGGUGAAACGUACUCUGCUAUUGAGGCGCCUAAGGGGGAGAUGGGUGUUUACCUUGUUUCGGACGGCACCAACCGCCCAUAUCGAUGCAAGAUCCGCGCACCUGGCUUCGCGCACCUGGCUGGAGCUGACUUCAUGAUGAGACGUCAUUUUAUUGCAGAUGUUGUCGCCAUCAUCGGCACGAUGGAUCUUGUAUUUGGCGAGGUGGAUCGGUAGAUUUAAAUCGAGUUUCCCUGAAACUAUGAUUUACGGUUCAUUAAUACACGAUCGUCGCCCAAGACGCAACCCAUUCUUAUACGAGAAAUUUCGCUCCCCGUUCGCCUUUGAUUUUGUUUGUCAACCGAUUCUUACACUGUGAUGAGAGGGUCUGCGUCCUUGUCGCUAACGUGGAAGCUGAUCUCCUUGGCCAAAGCCCAACCCUCCC